UCUAUCUUCGGUCUCGCGGUAACGUUAGUAUUCGGUUAGUAUGCAGCUGCUAGCUUGCUAGCUAACUCCAUCGUUUCCAGGUUUUGUGUCGACCUGAAAACAUCAAACCUUUAGAGACACGGGAAGACAGCGCGACUGAUUUUUUUUCCCCCAGCACCCAGGCUGCACGGAGAAGUGGAACAAUGCCGCACAACUUCCAGCCCGGAGACCUGGUCUUCGCUAAAAUGAAGGGAUACCCCCACUGGCCAGCUCGGAUUGAAGAUGUGGCUGAUGGAGCUGUGAAACCACCUCCUAAUAAAAUCCCGAUUUUUUUCUUUGGGACUCAUGAAACAGCAUUCCUUGCACCGAAGGAUCUUUUUGCUUAUGAAAAGUACAAAGAGCGAUAUGGAAAACCCAACAAAAGGAAGGGGUUCAACGAAGGUUUAUGGGAGAUCCAGAACAAUCCACAUGCCUCUUACAGCGCCCCACCUGUACCAGCUAGCUCCUCUGACAGCGAAGGCAACGAUGGUGGAGGAGGAGCAGGAAGUGACGAGGAGGAGGAUGACGAGGGCGCCCCAGUUCCUCGAAAAGCCGACUCGGGUAGCGAGGACGACUCCAACUCCGGGAGCGACGACAGACGAAAGGGAGGAGGAGGAGUGAAGAGAAAGCCACCGGCUCCAAAGCGGCCUCCUCCACCUAAAAAAGCCCGCGGUUCUUCUAGUGACCGAGAUGAGGAGGAGAGCGUGUCUCCGUCCGAAUCAGAACCAACACCGUCAGAGUCUGACUCCGGCAAAAAUAGUGACAAGGAUUUUACUCCAGAGAAGAAAUCUGGAGGACGAGGUGGAAAGAAAGCGGUUGGCAGAGGGAAGAAGAAGAAGGCCUCGUCUGACUCAGAUUCAGACUCAGGAUCAGGGUCAGAGAGGAAGGUGGUGGACAGCGACUCUGAAGACGAGAAGCCUCGGCCCGCUCUGUCUGGCUCCGAAUCCCAGUCUGGCUCAAAGUCUGGCUCAGAGUCUGAUGCACCGCCUCGCAAGGGCCCACAGGCUCGCAAGAAAGAGAAACCGGCGCCGAAGCCUCGUGCGCGGAAACCCAAACCUGCCCCGGUGAAACGAGCUCCUUCGUCAUCCUCCGACAGCGACAGUGACAGUGAACCCGACCGCAUCAGCGAAUGGAAAAAACGUGACGAGGAGCGCAGGCGAGAGCUGGAGGAGAAGAGGAAAAAGGAGGAGGCCGAGGAGCUCCGCCGACUGCGUGAAAGAGAGAAAGAAGAGGAAGAGAAAAGGAAAAAAGACAAAGACAAGGCUAAAAAAGGCAGCGACAGUGACAGCAGCAGUAGUUCAGAUGAAGGCAUAGAUGAUCACCCUCUGAAGAAGUCCAAGAAACCCCCUCCACCCCCGAUCCCUGCACCCUCUGACUCAGACUCGCCACCACCAGCUGAGGUGAAAAAAUCGCACAAGAAGCAAGAGAAACAGAAAGCGGCGAAAGUGAAAAAAGAGAAGGAGAGAAAAGAACGAAAGGAGAAAGAGCUGAAGGAGAAGAAAGCCAGACGGGCAGAGGAGAAGUCCAGAGCCAGGUCUAGGCCAGAAAAACCCAAACGCAGACCAGAGAGGCAGCAGGAAAAGAAAGUAGAAAAGAAAAAGGAGCCAUCACCAGAGGAAAGACUACAGAAACUCCAUACAGAUAUUAAGUUUGCACUCAAAGUGGACAACCCUGACAUCGAACGAUGUCUACAAGCCCUGGAGGAGCUGGAUUCUGUACCAGUUACCAGCCAGAUUCUCCAUAAGAACGCUGAAGUUAUAGCCACAUUAAAAAAGAUUCGACGAUAUAAGGCCAGUGCUGCAGUCAUGGAGAAAGCCAGCGAUGUUUAUAACAAGUUAAAACUUCGUUUCGUGGGAAAGGCUGAGAUGGCGACUAAACCUAAAACAGAGAACAAGGAGCCAGAGAAUGAUGAAAAAGAAUCACAAAGCACUGAAGUCACUCCAGUGAACGGGGAGUCGGAGGAGAAGAAAAACGAGACGGAGGUGGAGGACAAACCGAAUUCACCGUUACAGGAAGAAAACGACGACGACACAGCUUCAAGUCCAAACAGGCGCAGCACAGACAGCCCAGCUGAACAACAGACAAACACGUACGAUGAAGCAGACGGCUCCAUCUCGGCAGAAAAAGAAGCGCCGGCUGUUGAAAGCUGAAAGACUCUUCACAAUCUCAAGCAGCGGACCAAGUGCUAAAAAUAAAAAAUAAAAAAAUGGUGGCCUCUGUUUGACGUCAGCUGGCGCCCCUGCCCCAGCGUCAUCACAACACACACCCAUCAUUUCUUGCAGCAUCUGUUACGUCAAAUAAUGGACAUUUUGUGGUACAUAGAAAUCCAAUCAAUAAAGCCAUCCAUUCAAAUAGUCUGGUCCACGUUUCUCACAGCAAAAUAAGAUGCUUCUUAGAGUGUUAGUUUAUGGCGCUGCUCAAAGCCUUUUUUGUUGAGGUUGUUUCUGAAAUGUUUUUCUUUUCACGCAACACUUGAACUCUCCGGGAUGCUCAAGUCAAACUCCAGCUUCUCUUGACUGCUUUUAUUUGUCUACGACACCAACUUUUUUUUUUUUCCGUUUGUUUUCCUCUGGUCUUUCACACUGUACUGAAUAAAUGCAUUUUUAAACUUGGGUAAAAUGGAAUAAAACCUUACAGAUUCUUUUACAGAGACCAGAAAGACCCGAGGUCAAGUUGUUAAUCUGUUGAUUUAUGGCGUUUGUGCAGCUAUUAACACCUGUUUGCUUCAUUUUAUAAAGCCUGCCAAACAUCACAAAGUCCUCUUUUUUUGUGUGUUUAAUGUUGACUGAGUGGUGAAAUACUAUUUGUUAGUCUUUUAUGUUAAAUAUUAUUUUUAAUUAUCUGGUCUAGAUCCAGUCUGAAAUGUAAAGAGUCAUUUAAAGAUGGUUUCUCACCUGAUGAUAACUGUUUUUUUUCUUUAUUAUUUUCAAAGAAUUGUUUUCUUUUUUGUCUAAAAUAAUUGCUGUGCAGUUAAAACUUGCACUCUCCUCUGUUGUGUCUGCUUUCAGAUUUUUGAAUAAUAAAAUGAAUUUAAAUCCAGACUAAAACCAGUCCUCUCAAAACAAACAUAAUAAAAAAAAACAGCUACUCAGAUCUCAUAAAGAUGCAUCCUAUUUUAACAACAUUCAGUCGUGCAUACACGUGUUUUUAAUUGGUAAAGCAUUUCUAUAACAGUUGAGACUUUAAUAAAAAAUCUCAGCAUGAA